UGCCGGCAGCACCGCCGGGCGCUCUUCGAGGAGGAGCGCGCCAAAGCGCAGACCCUUUUGAAAGAGUCCCUGGAGAAAGCCCAGAAGGACUCGGAGAAGAUCGAGCGGGCGAUGCAGGAGCUGGAGGAGCAAACGCGCAUCAUCAAGGACUCCUCCGAGGGGGUCAUAUCAGUGAUCCUGAGGAAAUUCACUGUCCUGAGGAAAGCUCUGGAGGAUUCCCAGCAGCAGACGAUGGCCAGGAUUGAGCAAGAGCAGGUGGCGGCGCUGGGGCGUGUGGAGGAGGGCCGGAGCCUCCUGAAGGAUCACCUGGAUGUCCUUGGCCAGCACAGGGAGAGGGCUCAGCGCCUGCUGGCCUGCCCCGACCACAGGACCUUCCUCCAGGAGCUCCCCCUGAUCCCAGCUCCAGAGAGCCCAGAGGUGCUGCUCCCUGUGAAGUUUGAUGUGGCCAGCAUAGUCAAGCCCAUCGAUGAGAUCCUCACCAACAUCUCCAGGCUCCUGCUGGAGGACCUGCCGGGCUCUGUGGCCCCCAAAGCCCCUGACCCCCCUGGCCAAGGCCCGGUGCAGCCCCAGGAGCCGGCGGUGAAGGUGGUGGCCCCUCUCCCCGAGUGCCAGCUCCGAGCUGAGCUUCUGAAGGACCACCGCAACCUGACCUUCAAUCCCGAGACUGCCAACAAGUACCUGGAGCUGUCCAAAGGCCGCCGGAGAGCGAAGCACGGAGCCGGCGCUGCCUGCGGGCGGCAGGAGCGGGGACCCUGCUUUGAGCCCUGGCAGGUGAUGUGUGCGGAGGGCUACAGCCACGGCCACCACUACUGGGAGGUGGAGAUCUCCAGCCACUCCGUCAUCCUGGGGGUGACCUACCAUGGUCUCCCAUGGGAGCGGCAGCAGGGCCACAAGUUCAACAUCGGGCUGGACAGGGGCUCGUGGGGGCUGCAGGUGCGGGAGGAUUGUUACCUGGCCUGGCACAAGGGCCGGGCAGAGAAGAUCCAGGAUCAGCUGUAUAGGAACCUGGGGGUCAGCCUGGACUACGGCAAGGGGCUCCUCUCCUUCUACGGCCUCGGGGAGAGGAUGAGACUCAUCCACUCCUUCCACAGCAUCUUCACCGAGCCCCUCUACCCCGUCUUUUGGCUGUGCGAGGGGCGAGAGGUGACGCUGUGCCGGAGGGGCUGCGCCGGAGCCCCCGCCCCGCUCUGUUAG